AAAAGAAACAUAAUCCCCGCGGCGACUUUUCCUCUCCACCGUAUCCUCCUCCACCUCUUCUCCACUGCCCUAUCUGAAGCUCCAAUCCACCGUGCCCUAGCUAGACCCGCCGCCGAACGUGCCCUAGCCACCGCCGGCGCCCCCCACGCGCGGUCGCCGUCUCCGCCCCACUUCGCCCCCUUCGUUUCCGAGAUCCGCCUCCGAUUUGCUCGGGGAUAGCUGCUGUUGCUGUUGUCGUUAUCGAAGGAGGAGGAGGAGGAGGGGGAGCCCUAGCCGCCUCCUAGGGCAAGCCCGGAGCAGAUGGGGGCACCGAAGCAGAAGUGGACGGCGGAGGAGGAGGCGGCGCUCAAGGCCGGGAUAGGCAAGCACGGGGCCGGGAAAUGGCGCACCAUACUCAAGGACCCCGAGUUCAGCAACAUCCUGCGCUACCGCUCCAACGUUGACCUCAAGGACAAGUGGAGGAACAUGAAUGUCACAGUGAACGCGUCGGGCUCUCGCGACAAGGUGCGGACGACGGCGACGACGACGCCCACGGCUAAGAAGCCGAGGUCUGCUCCGAAGCAGGAAAGCCAGUCGAUGGCGGUCACCAGCAUCACCUCUGACGGCGAUGACGACGUCGUCGACGUGAAGCCUAUCAUAAAGCCGAUCGUAACGUUUACUACAGGGAAUAAAUCGCUAUCCAGGCUAGAAAAUAUCAUACUGGAGGCCGUGAAGACCUUGAAUGAACCUACAGGGUCAUACAAAACAGCCGUUGCUAAUUACAUAGAGGAACAAUACUGGCCACCUGCUGAUUUUGAUCAUGUACUGUCUGCAAAACUGAAUGAGUUGACAUCAUCUGGCAAAUUGAUGAAGGUGAAUCGGAAGUACAGGAUAGCCCCUAGCUCGUCUUAUCUAGAAGGACGAAGCUCCAAAAUGGUGCUGCUUGAUGAUAUAAAAAAGGAGCCAACCAAGGUAGAGAAGGUAGAGAGGGAUGGCUUUACAGCCCACACUAAAUCACAGGUAGAUGCUGAACUUGCACGGAUGAGAAACAUGAGCGCAGAAGAGGCUGCAGCUGCAGCCGCUCGUGCGGUUGCUGAGGCGGACGCUAUCAUGGCGGAAGCUGAAGCCGCAGUGAGAGAAGCGGAGGCUGCAGAAGCUGAUGCUGUAGCUGCACAAGCCUUUGCGGAAGCAGCAAUGUUGACCUUAAAAAACAGGAGUUCAGUAAAACUGAUCAUUCGAGGUUGAGACAUCUUGUGGGAGCUGCUUCAGCGUCCGCUUUCCUCUGACCUUGUUGUGCUUGCGUGCAUGCCUGCUGAAUUCCAGCGCAAACUAACUAAUGCUUUGGUGUUACUGGAGUCAUCUGAAGCGAUGGCAAUCCCGAUCGGUCAUUUGAAAUCAUGCAAGUCCAUUCAACUUGCACCUUGAAGCUAGUUUCCUUUCUCCCUCGUGCCGGUUUGCCGAGGGAUGGAGGAAGGCCAAAUCAUAUUUAACCCCCACAUGGCAGAACCGUAGAUGGGAUCUGCACGUCUGUGGGAUGAUGAGGAGAAGAUCAAUAAAUAGAUGAUGGUCAUUCCAUCUCUCUGGACCCUUGUUACUGUCAUGGUUUAGGUCAUUGGCAUGUUGGAAAUUUGUUCACCGUGGUGGUCCUCCCAGCAAAACAAUUCCUUUGUGCUCGUGGUGUUUGUUGAUCUGGCCUGGCCCAGCUCAAGUUAUUUGGCACCCAAUAAUUGCGGCAUGUGUAUAGAAUUUAUUCAUGUAUUCAGUCUAUAAGUUUUGCCAAGCCAAAAUAGUCGGUAAUACAACAUUGGGCAUUAUUGGUCUUGGUUUUGUGUUGGUACUUGGAUAAGCAGCGGUUGGACGUUUGGUGAUCCAAUAUAUUUGUCAAAAUUUGGUUA